AUGAAGCGCUUCCCACCAACGCACUCGCCUCAAGGAGGCCAAAAACCGACCACCGCUACUUCGACAGUACCGUCGGCGUCGCAAACCGCUGCUCAAAGUGCACUUAAAACGCACCUCAGCGUUCCGGAUACCGGCGGUGUCGGUGACUGCGGCCGCUCGAGCAGUGGCCCCCGGAACAAGACCAACAAAGGAUACACUUCUCCUGGCGGCGUCGUUGACCAAGCAACCGCUGGCUCGGGAGGGCCGCAGAUUUCCGAGGAGGCGAUCGUGGAGCUCCGCGAGCUUUUCGCGCUGUUCGACAGGGAUGGCGAUGGGGAGAUCAGCACCGAGGAUCUGGCCAUCAUGACGCGCGCCUUCGGCCAAAACCCGACCGAGGUCGAGCUCAAGAACAUGAUCGCCCAGGUGGACACGGAUGACAGCGGCACCGUUGACUUCCCCGAGUUCGUCGCCAAGGUGAGAGCGGACACGCUCACUACGCCCACCGAAGAAGAGACCCGUAAACUGUUCAAGAUCUUCGACAGAGACGGGGACGGCUUCAUCACUGCGGAUGAGUUGCGCCACUUCAUGGCCGUCUUGGGCGAGCAACUGACGGACGAGCAAGUCGCCGAAAUGAUACGGGAAGCCGACAUGGACGGAGACGUACAAAUUAGCUACGACGAGUUUUCUGCGCUAGUAACGUCGGCGCAAAAAUCGAAAUGA